CAUCGUCCCAUUUCACCUUCAAGCUUCAACCCUUCACUCCCAACUCCAAGAAUGGGUUGCUGCGCGAGCACCCAUGGUCGCCGACCCUCUGCUUCGUCUUCCUCGGAUCACAGGAGAGCCAAAUCCACCGAGAGCAGAGCUCCACCCCCUUCCAUGGACGAGGAGACCGUCAAAGAAGUGCUCUCCGAGACACCCACUUGCCCGAACGCCAAGCCCGCGGCCCGCGAAGCCGGAUACCCGCUUCUAGCGAGGCGCGAGAAGAGCCCCGCCGUCUUCGCCGCCGCCGACGAGGCCUCCGAGGAGGUCUCGGAGAUUUGCAGCUUGAGCGAGAGCUUGUCCACCGCCACGAACCUCACCGACGACGCCAAACCGAGGGCUGGCAACAGACCCCCGGCGAAGCUCCGGGGCCAGGCGGCGGCCAAGUCCCGGUCCCUUCCCCGCGACGUUGGGGUUCGUAACGAUCACGGCAACAGAUCUCGGGCGUCGGGUAAUUCGCCCGCCAAGCGGUUGGACCGGUCUCCGGCGCGCGUCAACUCUGGCGGGUCGCUGAGGAUGGUCCAGAGCCGAGAACCGGGUUCCUUUCGGGCGGUGUCGGCCCGCGGCGGUAGGCCGGACCCCGGAGAGAGGUCCGGGAGGAGGUCGGGGUCGCCGGCGACAAGCCGGGUCGUCGGCUCCGCCGGACCAGCUGUGGGUCGGACCCCGUCCGCUCGGAGGACCAACCCGUCUCCGGGACGGGUCAGGCCGGGUCCGACGGAGGGCAGGAACCAUGAGGCUCGUGGUGGUGGCGGCGGUAAAAGGACAAGUAGCGCCAAGGAGUCCCUUGAAAACCCGCUUGUUUCUUUGGAGUGCUUCAUAUUCCUAUGAAAAUUGCAAAAUGGCCCCAAAAAAUGUUUUUAAGUUUUCAAUUUC